GGCAGUUGCACUGACGGCUCUCAAUGGGGAGGUCUCUGUGAAGCGCAAACCUACCUGUAGGAGCUCAUUGCGGGAGACCUGGUGCCGGACCCACGCUGAUCGUGGAUCUGCUGGAAGCCCAAAAACAUGUCUCCGAGAAUAUUACUGUGCGCCGUUUUGGCUGUGUAUCACGGGACCCAAACCUGCAGUGGAUUUAAUAUUGAUGAACGGUUUCCUGUGAUCAAAGAGGGGAAAACAAAAGGGAGCUUCUUUGGAUUCUCUGUAGCUCAGCAUCAACAGACGGAGGGCUCAGCAAAGUACCUGCUUCUGGUAGGGGCACCCAAAGAGAAAGCCAUGUCUCUACAGAAUGUCAAUGAAACAGGUGCUGUCUACUCCUGUCCCAUCACAACGGACACCACUGACUGCACCAGAAUGGACCUGGUCAGCAAAACAACCUCCUCUGAGAUGGUGGAGGGCAUGUGGCUGGGUGUGACGGUGGCCAGUCAGAGACAGCAGCCAGGCGGACGCGUGCUGGCAUGCGGGCAUCGCUAUGUGAAGAUUAUCCAAGGUGGCACAGAGGAGCAGAGACGGAUGGUAGGAAAGUGCUAUGUCAGAAGUAACGACCUGACCUUUGACCCUGAUGAUGAAUGGCAGACGUUCAGGUAUGAGGUCUGCAACCCAAACUACAAUAUGGAGAUGGAGGGGAUGUGCAACAUGGGCAUCUCAGGCGGCAUGACGGAGACUGACGUCUACAUUGGCGCUACUGGCAGCUAUCUGUGGCAAGGAAAUGUUCAUGUAACAUGGAGAGAUCCCGACCCAGCAAAUGCCUGGGACUCCAAAGGCAUAGACUUCGAACAGCUGAAAAGAAGAUACAGUUACAUGGGUUAUUCUGUUAUCGAGGAGAAAAAGCUGCUGAGCCAUGAUGAAUACACAGUGGUAACAGGGUCUCCCAGGGAUGAGUCCAAGGGCUCUGUGGUGUUUGGUGCCAAGACUGACAAAAACAUUGACCCAGUCCUCAUCAUCCCAGGAGAACAAGUGGGCUCAUAUUUUGGGAACAGCCUGACUGUCACUGACCUCAACAAUGACGACUGGAAUGACCUGAUCGUUGGUGCCCCGUUUUACUUUGAUCGUAUGAAGGAUGAGGGAGGUGCCGUGUACAUCUUCAUGAAUGAGAAUGGAUCUUUCCAGAAGACUGCAAAUGUGGUGCUGAAAGGUCCAACAGGCUCUGCUUUUGGUUUUGCACUGGCUGCAAUCGGUGAUAUCAACCAAGAUGGAUUUCAAGACAUUGCGGUGGGAGCUCCAUUCCACGACACUGGAAAGGUCUACAUAUGGAUGGGAAGCAAAAAGGGUGUCUCAGAGGAGCCCAGUCAGGUGAUCGAGGGCAAGUCAGUGGGAAAUGGUGGAUUUAAAACCUUUGGCUACUCCCUCAAUGGAGGGAUGGACAUGGAUGACAACAGUUACCCUGACAUCUUAGUCGGCUCGCUGGACGACCGCAUGGCCCUGCUCAGGGCUCGUCCAGUAAUCCACCUUAACAACGAUUUUUUUGCUGAGCCAAAGAUCGUGGACGCUAAUCAGUGCACUGGAAAUACACCAUGCAUUACAGCCACUAUAUGUAUGUCUUUCACUCUAAGCAAUGGGAACAAAGAAUUCAAGAAAAAUUUAAGUAUGAAGUGAAAGUACACAGUUGAGGCUGACAUGGAGAGGAGAAGAAGCCCACGUGUUCGUUAGGAUAACGAUGAUGACACAUACACAGAUACACUGAGUGUGCCAUCUUCAAAAUCCAAGUGUCAAACACUGAAAUUGUACAUAGUGGCACCUGUGAGGGACAAACUUGAGCCGGUGGUCUUUUCCCUCAACAUGUCCUUGCAUGAACAAAAACCUAAAUCCACAUCCUCCAUUGAGAACCUGGACUCUUUCCCAAUCCUCAGCCAGGAGCGAAAGCUCUCCCAAAAAAAUGAGAUUAAUUUUCAGAAGGAGUGUGGCUCAGACAACAAAUGUAGCAGCAACCUUCAGCUGAAAGCUCAAUUUAUUGACAAAGAGGAAAAAUCCUUUCCCAAGGUGCUACAGUUUAACAGCAACAUAAAGAUAAUAAGGAUGAUGGUGGAGGUGACCAACACUCCGAUGGGAGGACGACUGGCUGAAGACGCCCACCAAGCCAUGCUCAAUGUCACCAUCCCUGAUGCACUGAGUUACUAUGGUGUCAGGUCUUUGGUUAACGAGGUACAAUGUACUUUGGAUGGCACAGUGAUAUGUGAGCUGGGGAAUCCACUUAAAGGCAAUGAAAAGGUGACCCUCUCCCUCUUGUUUGAGACAUCAGAGAUUGAUCUGUACACACAGGAGAUUGAGUCCCAGCUGCUUCUCUCCACUCUCAGUGAGCAGAGCGACCUGAGGCCUGUGCCUGUCGGCCUGCUGAUUGAGAACACCAUCCUCCCUUCCUUCUCCAUAGAGAAAUCUGUGGCGCAAACACAAUUCGGCGGGACGGUGAUGGGCGAGUCAGCCAUGGUCAACACCAGUGACGUGGGUAGUCUGGUGGAGUUCACCUUCAACGUGAACAUGAUGGGACAGGCACUGGGAGACAUGGGGACCCUGGCUGUUGAGUUUGACUGGCCCUUUGAAGUGACCAAUGGGAAGUGGCUACUGUACCUGACGAAGAUUCUUGUGAAAGGGGAAUCAGAGAUCGAAUAACCUCCAGGAGAAGUUGUCAACCUCCUUAACCUAACUUUGUCCGAGAGAGAACGAAGGCGUGUUAAACGGCAGAUUGUGGUGGAUGAUGCUGAUGAUGCUACGCAGCACAUAAUUGAGCCACAGGCAGCAAUCACUCUGGUCCUCGCAAAGAGACCAUCUGUUGGAAUGCUCCAAGGAACAGCACGAUGUGUGACAUUUACCUGUCCACUGCUCAUGACAGAUUCAGCGAAGAUUCAUGUCCGCUCCCGACUGUGGAACAGCACAAUGCUGGAGGACUAUGCCAACGCUCUGAGAGUGACAGUCAGAAGUCAAGCCACACUGAAGCUCAUCACAGAUAAACCAACCUUAAGGAUGGACAGUCAGACUAACUUGUUUACAGUAGAAAUAGAACCAGUGGAGAGGGUGGAGAUACCAUAUGAGCUUCCACUGUGGAUCAUCAUCUCUGCAGCUGUAGCAGGAAUUCUACUACUGGGAAUAAUCAUUAUCAUAUUGUGGAAGUGUGGCUUCUUCACGCGGGCCAGCAGGAGGGAGAUGUAUGAAGCAAAGGCCCAGAAGGCUGAGAUGAAGAUCCAGCCCUCUGAGACAGAGAGGCUGACUGACGACUACUGAGGCCCCUGUGGGUCCCCCCUACAGCACACAUCAGUAGGGCUUAUGGCUUGGAUUCUUUCAAGCGAGCCAUCUACUACCGGAUAAUGCCAAAGCACCGGGGGGUGAGAAUUUGCAAGCUGAGCGCUACCAGUUCAGUCUGGGAUAUCAGCCUGUGGAGCCACAGAAAAGUAUUGGAUCACCAACUGGACAGAGAUGCAACGUUACUACUACUGAAGCCUUCGCUUUGGACUGUUAACUGUCACACUGGUUUGACAUGGGCCAAACACUGAACAUUGGGCUUGGUUGGGCCACAUGGACUGCAGGGCAUGGACCAACUGUGGCUAUGGCAUUUUCUUUUUUUUUUCCUUUCGUAGACUUCAUGAACUUUUCAGUGCAAUAUACUGAACAUUUGUUUCGGAGUUUGUAAUUUUUAAGUACUUUUGAAGAAUGCAGUUGUGUACAGUGAAAUCUGGGCUGCAUUCAAGACUACAUUUUUAAAGAUGUUGCAGGCUUUUUGCAUACCAAACUCUGUUUUUCUAAGUCCUGUUAGCAGAGCUGCUGGUCUUUCAUCAUGUUUGUGUCUCCAUUUUUUCUCUGUAAUCAGAGGGAUGAGUCUUGAUACAUUCCGUCAUUGUGUACGUCUUGCCUUUUCUGUCUCCAGGCAUCACUUUGUGGUCAGUGGUUUAAGGCUAUGUCAGGAUUUAAGACCUACAUCAGUCUCAAACAAACUGCACUUAGAAUAUAACUGGCAUCCAUGGGUGAACAAGCAUCACUAAGUGAAUGUCCAGUGAUUGUUUGGCAAACAUUGAUCAAGAUCUUGACUUCAGAUAUUUAUGAUGCACCGACCACAUAAAAAUAUAACACGAUGUUAAGGAAUAAAUACAAACCACUGACUCUAUAUUAUUGCAGACAGAACACCUAUGUCCUCACAUUGUGAGAUGUGAAGCCAAAGCUCCUCCUAUAUGGUCACUGACAUGUUGCACUGGCGAAGUCAAAUGAUGCUCAGACACGAUCUGGCAGAUGAAGUGACGGGAUUAACGUCACACAUUAACCACUAACCAUAACAUACAUUUAACUUAUGGAUAAAAUGUCAAAGAAAGGGGUGGCGUUGGCCUAGCCGUUGAAAGUACUAUCUACUCCACAUUUCCAGUCUCUCUUCAGGUGUCUUAUCCAUUAAAGACGAAAAUGCCCAAAAUAUAACUUACAAAAAAUGUCAAAAACUUGCAGGUUGGUACAGGCCACAGCAGCACAGAUUCUUGCAUUGAUUUGACACUCACAGUAAAGUUCAAUGACUCUUGUGUUAGUGUUUCUUAUGUUUUCUCUCACCAUUCCUCCUCUAUUCUUCUGAUCCGGUACAGAACACUGCAGGAGCCCGCAUUUGUCAACAGAGCUGCCAAUUAAGUAUAUUUUUUAGAUCAAAUAACUAAUUUAAAAUCAAACUUGUAAGAAAAAACACUUGCACAUACUACUGUCUCCCCAAAAAAAAUUAAUAUUGUGAAAAAUUGUAUUUUUAGUAACAAUUCAAAACUUGAAAAUGCUUGAAAAAUUCUAGUUUAUAAGUAAUGUGUCUAGAAUUAAUCACAUUUUCACUUUUUUAAAUAACUGAUGGAAAAUAUCAAAUUUUCUCACAAUAUUCUAUUUUUUGAGAUGUGCUCGUAAUUCCGUGUGAUAUAACUAUCAUGACAUGUUGAGAAGAAUCUAUCUGAGACAUUUUUAUUUUUCUGGUUUGACUCGUGUUCCAUCUGUUAUAGGAGGAGAGCAUUGUUACCUUUACUGAAGCCAGUAUCAGGGGGAGCUCUGUAAGCUUCGGCUUCACUUUGUGAUAGCUGUUGUUCUGUCCUUUGUUUUAUACAGUCAGAAAAAAAUGGUACUGAUGUUGAAAAAUACACCAAAAACCCCACUGCCUUGAGGUGUAGAGCAAUAAUGUCUUGUCUGUGGCUAAAAAAGGGUAACGCGUUCACGAGAUAAUGGGAGCAAACUUGAUUCUUAUUUAUUACACUGUCUUGUGUUAUUGCAGCAUCGAAACCUUCUGAAUAUAAUAUAAAAUAUGAGAUACAGGGAGUCGUGACACUGGAUUAGAAAAUGCAUGUUAUGUUUGUCUGGAGACUGUAUGCUCUGGCUUAGAAAGUGAAUAUAAAUUGUACAUACUUGCGCAUAGAUUUGACUAUUUGCAUGAUUACUCAAGUGACUGGCCUUUGUUAUUUUAUUGUCAUGCAGCUUCAUAUUUUUUCCAAGAGACAGUAAGCCGACACUUGGAUUGUUUCCAAGCCAUGCUGGCCCCCACUGAAGUCGACCUGCAGCACUGAAAGUAGACUGGACCAAAAGAGAGUCUCUGGUGGGACCAAGUGUUGCAUUACCACUAUAUUUUCUAUUAUCUGAGAGGCCACAGCCACAACCUGUGGCCUCUAUAGACUCUGAGUAUGCAGAGGAAAGGGCUAAAACUCAUGCACAAAAUCUCUGUUCCCUGUGGUGGUGUUCUUUACUCUGCAGUUUCAUAAUUAAAUUGUUUUAUCAACCUUCA